AAUAACCGGCUGCUUCCAAGAGUUCUAUACGAGUGCUUUAUUCAAGCUAAAUGAACGUUCAGCAAAUACAGUGACAAAAGUUUGGAGUCUCGUGCUACACUCUAGUUAAUACGUGGUGGUUUGACCGAAGGAAAGCAGACACAAGACCUGAGAAAUAAAAUGAAAAUUUAAAAGAUGACAGUUUCAAGAAACAUCCCAGUGAUUUGCCACAGAUUCAAAGGCAAAUUUCUAUGAUUUGAAAAAAAAAAGACAUAGUAUUUCAAUACAAAAAGAAAAAAAAAAAGGAAACUACAUCAUGGCCACAAUACUAAAGGCACUGAAGAAGGUUGGACAACAAUACCCAAUUCUACGUGGAAUGACCACUUAUUCUGUGUUAUGGCCUACCUCAAACCUGGUGCAGCAGUCCAUGGAUAAAACCAGAGAUAAAUAUGACAUCAUGGAGACUCUAAGAUACUUGGUUCUGGGCACAUUUGUCACUGCUCCAACUGUUCAUGUGUGGGUGAAGCUUGCUAGCAAAAUUAUUAAAGGCACCACCCUGAAGCAUGCUGUUCUCAAGGCUGGCCUGGAGCAGGUGUUGUUUGCUCCAGUGGGACAAACACAGUUCUAUCUGGGCAUCACCCUCUUAGAAGGCCGGCCGUGGGAUGAAUGUGUGCGGGAGUGGAAACAAAAAUUAAUUCCAACAUGGAAGGUUGCUGUUUGCUUCUGGCCAGUAGUGCAAACUUUCAACUUUGCUUAUGUGGCUGAAAAGAAUCGGGUGGUGGUGGUGUCCUUGGCAUCCUUCAUGUGGACCAUCUUCCUGUCCUACAUGCACCACAUGCACCAAGAAUCACUGCCACGAUUCUUGCACAAAAACGUACCCAGGGAACAUACUAACCAUGAGGAAUAAACAAAAAUUAAGUAUUGCGUGCCAAAUUAACCGUGUAUAGCAUUAUUGUUUAAUAUUAAUGUAUAUAUCUAUAUAUAGAAAUAAAUUUUGUAUGUUAAAAUGGAAAAUAAGUAUAUAGUAAUAUUUCAUGGCACUAUAAUGAAUCAUGAUAACAGAGAUAAUAAAAAUUAAUACUUGGGUAGUAUCUUCCAGUAUUAUAUAUGUCCAGGAGGGCAAUAAAGUCACUAUGACAAGUCUCAUUUUGAGGAAUCACAAAUCACAAAUAAUUUUGUAUGUUAACAAAUUCCUUUGUAACAAUUCUUGUCAGUGAAGUGAUAAGCUUUUAGUGAUGGUAAAAAGGUAUUUUUAAUAAAAAAAAUCUUACUCAAAAACUCUUUCUAUCUGAAAAAAAAUAAUGAAUAAAAAUAAAAUUUGCAGGUUCUUUUGUAGCUAUGUCAGAUGUUUAUUCUUGUACAAAAAAAUUGUUUAAUCAUGGUUUCAAUCUGAAAGAGGCAGUAAUACAUAGCUAUUGUCUGUAUAUAGCUAUCUAAUACAAAGAAGUUAUUCCAAAACUGCCAUCAUCCAUAACAUCCAACAAUAUUCCAAGACACACACAAGAAGAAAAAGUUUCCAGGAUACAAGGUAGCUAUCCUAGAUCUUCAAGUUUGGUGCUGGACCACAAAUUCUUAUUGUACAUGUGUAUUACAAUUAGGCAGGGUUGGAAAAAAAUAGAUAAAUAGAUAUUAGUAAAAUCAGAAGGUAUUCCACUCGAUAUAACACUUAAUUACUUUAAAUGCAGAAAGUUUAAUUUCUAUUCAAAUCACUUCUUUACUCUAAUUCAGAUCAAUCUAAACUGUAUGAUUUAGAUGUAGCUAAGCCUGCAAGUACACUGUAUUCUUUAACAUAUUAGUUUGUGUCUAGUUGUGGUCACUAAGUAAUUAGUACCAUUAACAAACAAUGAUAAUAUCAAAUGCCUCUAUUUGAUAAGUUGAGACAUGAAAUUGUGAUGAAAUUCACAUUUUCUGUCUUUCUAAAGAGAAAAUAAAACAAAGAAGGUAAAUAGCUAACAUGACUAUGGAAAACACAAACCAUGAACCCCAACAAGUGGAGCUCACAACUGAAUGCUGUACUUGGCAUCAUCUGAUGUGAAAAAAUGGAAUUGUUUUCCAAGGGCCACUAAUAAUAGUCACUCAAAGUAACUUGCCAAGGUACAUAUCUUUGGAUGCCUUUUUGUAUUGUUUCCUCCUAUAUUCAUAUAUUUGUUUAUUUUCAUUCACGAUUAUCAUUCAGCUUAAUUAUUAUUCACUAUUAUCAUUUUAUACAAUUACAACACUUUUUUCUUUUUAACCAAUAUACAACUGCUGCAAAUAAACAUAUUCUCUAAAUGUCUCAUCUUGUUCUUCUGGAUUGGUAAGUAAAUGCUUUGUAUGUGUAUAUGUAUACCUUUUUAUUAUUUAUUCAACUGUCUACAUGCACUGACAGCCAAAUCAAGCCACCAAAUAUCACUCAUGAGUAAAGGAGGAAAAAAAAAAAAAAAAAAAAAAAGCAGGCAAGUAGCUUCACAUUAUGUACUGUAUGGCGAUCCAGAUGACAUGAUACCUUGAGAUGUUUCCUAAAAAGUAAACUUACAGGUGCAUUGUAAAGCCUGUGUUAAUUCAAUGUUUUAAAUAAAGGGAAACUUGGCA